CGUAGAAUAAAUACAAUUCAACUCAACGGCUACAUGGAGAGAAAGAAAAGUAUUGGAAGUUGAACUGGAAUAUUCACACUUUGCCAAAAAUGGGGUCAAAGUGCUCCACUAUACAGCUGGAAGAAGAAGAUGUUCGUGAAAUAAGCAAGGAUACAGGAUUUACAGCAAGACAGAUAAAAAGACUUUACAGCAGGUUUUCAAAUCUUGAUAGAGGGAACCUUGGGAAACUAAGGAGAGAGGAUUUCUUCAGAAUCCCAGAACUUGCCAUAAACCCACUCGGGGAUAGAAUCGUGCAGUCUUUCUUUGCAUUCAAGGACAAGGACGAAUCAGAUAGUGCUGGAAUAAAUUUCAAAGAAUUUGUCCGAACGCUAGCCUACUUCAGACCAAUUAGAAAGAAAAACGAAAACCCUUUGAAUACUAGAGAAUGCAAACUUGAAUUUGCAUUUAGGAUUUAUGACAUUGACGGCGACGGAUAUAUAUCUAGACAGGAGCUACUCGAUCUUUUACGGAUGAUGGUUGGUGUCAACAUUAAUGAUGAACAAUUGGAGAGCAUAGCAGACCGGACAUUAUCAGAGGCCGAUGAUGACCAGGAUGGGUUCAUCUCAUUUACUGAAUUCAGCAAGAUGAUGGAGAAGACGGACUUUGAAUCCAAGAUGAGUAUCCGGUUCUUAGCUUAGAGGAAUUACACAGUUUUUUCUAUUGAAAGGACACUGGCCAUGUGUCGUAACAUCAUCAAAUUGUAUCCUAUUGAGACGAAAAUGAAUUAUGGCAAUUUAACUUUAAUUUGACCAAAUUACUUUGAACCGAUCUAAUCCAGGAUACCGGGCCUGGAUUAGAAUUUGUAGACACCCCUUCUGGACAACUCGACAACUUGAAACUGUAUCGGACAAAUGUAGCUUGUUGAAUUACUGUGCAUUACCAUAUGCAGAUAAUGGGUAUGUGUAUCGUCUAAGUUGGAAUGUUAUGAUAUGCUGUUGAUGUGGUAUCACACAAAGGUAUAAGACAGAUCUUACAGAAUGUAAACAAAGGCAUGAAAGUAAAACAAGUCCUUAGAA